AUGCCUUCCGACGCCCCACGCGGUGACUCCGGCACCCAGGUGCAGUCCUCGUUGCGUCAGGCGUUGGCCUGUUUCCCGAAGCCUACCGCCGCGGAGUCCCAGAGCGCCGCGCCGCCGCAUGCCGCCCCCACGGGGAUCGCCCGCGUCGCCCCCCCGCCCGGGCUGGGCCCGCCGCCAGGCUACAUGCCGCAGGAACAUCUGCAGCUCGUGCUCGGGAGCCUGCGCGAGCGCCAGCUCAGUGGCGCCUGGCACUGGGACCAAGCCGCGAACCAGCAACCGAAGCGCGCUGGCAGCAUGGUCGGCAGCUCGGCCAGCACGGUCGCGAACGUGGCGGACAACAUCAAUCAGAACGGCAGCCAGGUCGGCAGCGACUCCUCUGGCCAGUGGAGCCAGAUCAGUACUGGUUACAUAGGCUCGUCCAGCAACCUGUCUAAUAGCUUCAACAGCCCGAUGGGGCCUGGCAUCGCCUGCCCCGAGGAAGCCUCCCCAGGCAGCGUCUCCAGCCUGGGCGCCAGCCUGCACAAACUGCACCAGUGCACGCCGUGCAAGUUCAUCCGCGCCCUCCGCGGCUGCCGCGACGGCUCGAUGUGCAAGCUGUGCCACGAGCCGCACGAGGAGCUCACGAGGUCCGGAGUGCGGAAGGCCGCGCGCACCAAGGCCCUGCAGCGCCGCGCCAUGCUCGAGAUGGUGCAGGUGGCGGCGACGGUGCCUGGCCGCCUGCCUGAGACGAAUGCGCUGGACAACAUGCAGGCAUCGGCGUUGCCUGGGCUGCGCGACAAUACCAGCUGUGCUCCCUGGCCCAGAAGAACGCCUUCGGUCAGCUCGGCUUCAACGACCAUGCCGGGGAGCGGGGCCAUCUCCAACCACGGCCCUAGCGAAAGUCCGUCCUCCUACUGCCAGGUGUUCUCCUUCUGA